GUUAGUCUGAAUGAACUCACGCUUACAGAAGCUCAGGGAGUGAAGGAGGAAACCCAAACACACCCUGAAAGAAGAGCGAUGUGUGCAGUCCAUCACUAGGAAACAACCUAAAGGCUAAAUACGACUCGACACUGCUCAAUGACAUUGCAGAUCCUGUCACCUGCCACCGGAAACACUUGGACAUCUCGGAGGCCAUAAAUCAAGGAGUGUGUACCUCAUCUAACAAGUCGACAGGAGUGAAUAAUCUCCUUAAAGAGUCACUCACAGCUAACAAGACAGGGAGGGAGCAGGAGGCAGAGAAGAGGAGGGUGGGUGGAGAGGCUCAGAUCGAAUUGGCGCUUAAGCUGGAGCGAACAGGCGAGCUCUCGGAAGCAGCGAAUAAGUGUCUAUUGUAACCAAUGGUCCUCUGAAAAGACCUUUCAUUUUCCACUGAAGGAUCAAAACCAACAAAGGUUAGCAUCUGAGCCUCGUACCUCAGUGGACGAUAGAACGAAUGGCUUUUAUUUGAGAAGCAACAGUUCAAAAGGACUCGACCGUAAUUGAAGAUGGAUUGGUAAAAAAUCUUAAGGGGCAAGAGUAAAGCAACAUUUACAAUAUAUGGAAUUUCUUGGGUUUGUUGUCGGUGCUGAUCUGUCCAUCACUUUGACGCCUUGGUUGGAUCUCUAGCUGACAUUUCCCAAACCGGUACGGGUCAGUUCCAAACUGGAACCCGCAAGCUUUCUGGAGGUGGACAGAGUUGGGUGGAGAACAUGGGGAAGUCAAACAGCAAGCUCAAACCAGAAGUGGUUGAGGAAUUGACCAGGAAAACAUAUUUUACAGAGAAAGAGGUUCAGCAAUGGUACAAGGGCUUCAUUAAAGACUGCCCGAGUGGUCAGCUCGAUGCUGCAGGUUUCCAGAAGAUCUACAAGCAGUUCUUCCCCUUCGGUGACCCCACCAAGUUUGCCUCAUUUGUCUUCAAUGUUUUUGACGAGAACAAGGAUGGAAGGAUUGAGUUCUCCGAGUUCAUUCAGGCUCUCUCUGUGACAUCACGCGGGACCUUGGAUGAAAAGCUUCGCUGGGCCUUUAAGCUAUAUGAUCUUGAUAAUGAUGGCUACAUCACACGUGAUGAAAUGCUCAAUAUAGUGGACGCCAUCUAUCAAAUGGUGGGAAACACAGUGGACCUUCCAGAAGAGGAAAACACACCAGAGAAGAGAGUGGAUCGCAUUUUUGCCAUGAUGGAUAAGAAUGCUGAUGGGAAGUUAACUCUACAAGAGUUCCAGGAGGGUUCGAAGGCAGAUCCAUCCAUUGUACAAGCUCUGUCACUCUAUGAUGGACUAGUAUAGUAGCAGUUCGUAAUAAAGGUCUGCCUGAGGAUUCAGUGCAAUGGCAACCCACCAUGCCAUGUAAAGAGAUGAGUCUUCUUCAUCUGACCUCUCAUUCUGGACACUUAUGACUGAGAAGUACAAGAGAGAUAAACCACUUUGAACUCAUCUUCUUGUCUCCUCACAAGCAAAUCGCUUUUGACCCUUUUCUUUGUCAUACAGUGACAAAAAGGAAAGAGAUUGCCAUUCUGAAAAUUGUGUUUAUGUGUUCGCAAACUGAACGAUCCCACUGGAUUUUCACAAGUGCUUGUUUCACUGAGAAAAUAAAGUGAACACUGUGGAAGGCACUGAUUUUAAAAAGCAUGUUGACUGACCUGAAUUAUAGAUAUUUUUAAUCAUACUCUGCUGGGAUAUUGUAGACGUAUGCUUCUUUUAUUAUUUAAGAGCCUGGUUAUGUUUUAUUUAUUUUUUGUUGACCUUGAAAUGUAUGGAUCACUGUAACAAGCAUCAAUGCUUCAAAAGCUUCUUAAAAUGAAAGACUAUUAUCCUGUCUUGCAUUUCUUUUGUAAUAUUAAUUUGAAAGGAGAUUCAUUUAUUGUGUCUGUAGUACUCCAUUGCUGGCAAAACUCAUUACAAAGACCUCAACAGGGUGUCAUAACCAGGCAAUGUGCUACAUUGUUAUUUUGAACAGAACUAAUGUGUGUGCAUCUGUAUGUAAAGGCUUCCAGUACUUAUGAAUACACGGCACUUUGAUGUCCCAAGAGUUUGUUAAGAGUAUAAGAGACACAACCAAUGUUUUUUUUUGUAAGACUUGUCAGAUAUGUUAGAUAAGCUAUUAUCUAAUAUAAAUUAACAUAGCAUGUUAAGCAGUUUAACUUGACCUUAUCAACUGCAUACAUGAAUUAAAAUAAUGAGGAAUACAGGUGCAUAUACUCAUCUAUUUAUUACUUUUCACAGUGUUUGCCUUCACUGCAUUAAUCAAGCUUAUAAUAAGAAAACACAUUUGUGAAUUUAUUUAUAGAAAUAUUUACAGUGUUGCCCUUCACUGCAUUCACCAAAAAUAUAUACAAUAAAUAACCUUAUUUUUUUAGAAAUAUUUGCUGUAAAUAUUAUUACAGUAAAUAUUUACAGUAUUGGCCUUCACUGCAUUUCCCAAACAAGAUAUACAGUACAACAGCUAUAUAUAUAUAUAUAUAUAUAUAUAUAUAUAAUGCAAUAUUUACAGUCAGAAUCACAGUAUAUGAGAAAAACAUGUAUCAUUUUUUUAUAUAGAAAUAUUUACAGUAAGUAUUGUUAAAGUAAAUAUUUCAGUCAAUAUUUUGUGUUGGCCUUCUGCAAUCACCAGGGUGGUAAUAAGAAAAAAUUAUACAACAAAUACCUUUGUUUCAAGGUGUUUUACUCUACAUAUGUCCAAAAGUAUUUACAGGAAAUAUUAUUACAGAAAAUAUUUAAAUAAAUAUUACAGUCAAUAAUUAAAUAAAUAUUUCAGUCAAUAUUUACAGAAAAAUGUACAGUGUUUGCUUUCACUGCAUUUACCAAGCUUGUAAUAAACAAAAUAUUAUGUAACAAAUACUGUUAUUUUAAAAUGUUGUGAAAUGUUGUGAAAAUAACAAACCUCACAGCUUAAGUAUAAACCUAAACAUUUGUUUAUAUAUAUUUUUUUCCCCUUAGAUCCAGCAACUAGCUUAAACAACUGCUGUUCCUUUCUUUUCCUGUUUGGUUUUCUUUCAGACAAAAGCCAUAGGCUUAAAGAUAUUUGUGUCAGGUAGAUUAAGACCUCCCUUGUUUCAGUUGGUGUCAUGCUUUAUCCGUCACUCUCUGCCUAAUGAUUAAAUUUGAGUUGCUACAUAA